GGAUAAGUGAUAUAAGCUAUGGGUUAAGUGAGUGUAUAAAGAGUGAAUGAAUAGGACAGUAAGCAAAAUGAAAAGGCGGAAAAAAGACAGCAAGGUCCGCGUUAGGUUCAACAUCACGAAUGUGACCGGCAUGAACCGCGGCUCCAGGGAGGAGUUGCUGGGCAGCUCCCAGGAAGCCCUGCGGAACAGCCAGCAUGACCUGCGGCAGGUGUACGAGAGACCACUCACCAAAGAGGAGAAGACCUUCCUUCUACACGCUGAUAGGGGAGACUAUGUUACUGUUAAGAGAUUGAUAGACCAGUACAUAUCUCAACCAGAAGUCCUGGACAUAAACUGCGUGGAUCCCCUGAACAGGUCAGCGCUCAUAGCUGCCAUCGAGAAUGAGAACAUUGAGCUAAUCAAGCUAUUACUCGUCUCAGGAAUCAAAGUCAAGGAUGCUCUUCUGCACGCCAUCAAAGAAGAAUACGUGGAAGCUGUGGAGUUACUUCUGCAAUGGGAAGAAGACAAUCAUGUGCCAGGUGAACCUUACAGCUGGGAGUCCGUGGACCCAUCAUCAGCGACCUUCACUCCAGACAUCACACCUCUCAUCCUGGCUGCCCACAGGAACCACUACGAGAUCCUCAAGAUCCUGCUGGAUAGAGGAGCCACGUUACCCGUGCCACACGACGUCAAAUGCGGUUGUGACGAAUGUGUAAAGUCUUCUCAAGAGGAUUCCCUCCGUCACUCUCAAGCCCGCAUAAACGCGUACAGGGCACUCUCAUCUCCCUCUCUAAUCGCUCUUUCUUCUGCUGACCCUCUCUUAACAGCUUUCCAACUGUCUUGGGAACUGGGGAGACUGAGUAGAAUGGAGACAGAAUUCAGAGUGGAGUAUAAGGCUCUACGUCAACAAUGCCAGGAGUUUGCCACCUCCCUGCUGGACCACACAAGAACCUCUAAAGAGCUGGAGAUCAUGCUGAACUACAACCCUUGGGACGUGGACUGCUGGGAGCCUGGAGAGCGGCAAACACUUGGCAGAUUAAAGCUGGCUAUCAAGUACAAGCAGAAAAUGUUCGUAGCACAUCCGAAUGUCCAGCAGUUACUAGGCGCUAUAUGGUAUGAAGGUCUACCAGGGUUUAAGAGAAAAAACAUCGUCGGACAAUGCAUACAGGUGGCAAAACUCGGUGUAAUGUUCCCAGUAUACUGCACUAUAUACAUGUUAGCACCUAAUUCUGAAUACGGCAGAUUUAUGAAGAAACCUUUCGUCAAAUUUAUCUGCCAUAGCUCCUCUUACAUGCUGUUUUUAACUCUUCUCUCCUUAGCAUCCCAACGAGCAGACUACCUGGUUCUAGAAUGGUCUGGAAUAACCUGGCUUCAGGAGCUGGUGGACCAUUGGAAGGAGAGGGAGCGAGGGUCUCUGCCAAGCAUCAUAGAAUUCAGCGUCAUCAUCUACAUAGCAAGUUUAAUCUGGGCAGAAAUAAGAUCGCUAUGGACUGGUGGUAUCACAGAGUAUAUCAGUGACUUAUGGAACAUUGUGGACUUUAUCACAAACGCUUUCUACAUCGCCUGGAUCAGUUUAAGAUUCUCUUCUUGGUAUAUUGUCCAGCGAGACUACAACUCCGGAACAGACCCCUGGUAUCCUCGAGAGAGAUGGGACUCAUACGACCCCAUGCUGCUCUCAGAGGGGGCUUUUGCAGCCGGCAUGAUAUUCUCCUUCCUCAAGCUGGUUCAUAUCUUCUCCAUCAACCCUUACCUUGGACCCCUUCAAGUAUCCCUUGGGCGGAUGAUCCUGGACAUCUUGAAAUUCUUCUUCGUAUACAUGCUGGUGUUGUUUGCUUUUGGAUGUGGUUUGAAUCAACUUAUGUGGUACUACGCUGAACUGGAGAAAAACAAAUGCUAUCACCUGCCAAAUGGAAUCCCUGACUUUGACGGUCAAGAACGAGCGUGCACAAUAUGGAGACGAUAUGCUAACCUAUUUGAGACCUCCCAGUCUCUGUUCUGGGCGUCUUUUGGUCUAGUAGACCUGACCACCUUCGAGCUGACCGGCAUCAAGAGCUUCACCAGGUUCUGGGCACUCCUGACCUUCGGAUCAUACUCCGUGAUUAACAUCAUUGUGCUCCUGAAUAUGCUGAUUGCCAUGAUGUCUAACUCUUAUCAGAUUAUUUCGGAACGAGCGGAUACUGAGUGGAAAUUUGCCCGAAGCAAUUUGUGGAUGUCGUAUUUUGAAGAUGGAGAUACAGUGCCCCCUCCAUUCAAUAUCAUUCCAACGCCAAAACACUUCAUGUGCUGGAUCAAACGCUGCUGUUCCAACAGGGAUCGGGGUUCCAUAAUAAACAAGUCCCGCGAAAAAGCCCGUCAGGAACACGAAGCCGUGAUGAGGGUCCUAGUCCGAAGAUACGUCACAGCUGAACAGCGAGCCAGAGACGAGACAGGAGUCACUGAGGAUGACGUCAUGGAGAUCAGACAGGAUAUCUCCACUUUGCGAUACGAGCUGAUAGAUAUCCUCCAUAACAAUGGGAUGAAAACCCCCAGGAUUAGUAUGCAAGACGCCACCGUUGCUGGAAAAAAGGGCAAAGUGAUGGAGAGAAGAAUUCUGAAAGACUUCCACAUUGGAAUAGUGGAAGGCAUCAUAAAGGACGUCAUAUCCAAAGAGAAUAAACCCAAGGAUGUGUUCAGCCAAAUUGCUAAAGCCAUCGUCAGGAGGGGAAGCACGGAUGGCAAAAAACGAGAUUGGAACGCUUUGGUUCGAACGAACACUGUUCGCAAGGAUCCUAUAGGCACCACGGCUGAGGCACAGACUAGGAGGAGUCGCCAGUCACUCAGACUCCACAUCCUUGAUAACAUUUCCUCUAGAACUAUUGACCCACAGAAACUAUUAGAAUACAAUCCACAACUGGCAGCCGUAUCUCCCUGCACGAGGGUAGCCUACGCCAAGUUCAUGAGGAGCAAGAUCAAGUCAGAUUUCACUGAGCGAGAGAAAAAAUCCAGAAGGUCUUCUGAUUUCAGUCUAGAAGAUGAAGUCUUUGAUGUACCAAAGAAGAAGGACAGCUGUAAGAGAUGCAGUACUCGAUCAUUCCGUAGUCGGACACCGAUACCUGAAACUUCAGACGACGAGGGCCUAAACGAAACUGAAAUACAAGUAGAGGCGGAUGUUGAGGAUAAAGCCUGAAAAUCUAAGACCAAGCUACAAGAACUGAACAGUAUCUCUGCUAAGCAAAGACUUAGCUUCAGAAGGUGGAUCAGAACAGACUCGACCUCUAAAAUCUUCAUCACAAGAACCUUCAGAACCAAGCACACCAGCAUUCGACCCAGUUGACGGCAGCCGUCUACCGCCACCAGCAGAAUUCCAGUCCAAAGACCACAUCAUCACUAUAGAACCGGACACUCCGACAAAGACCCUAUACAUCACACAAGAAGAGGAUUCAAACCUUCAGAAACCCAUCACUCCUACUCCUAGCGUCCAUUCCCAGUCUGAACAAAUCCUAUCAGCUUCAAGUUUAGAGACUCAAUACAAGAAAAUGACAUCAGAACCUCCUAGUGUGACUGUCACUCCGGAUCCUAGUGAACUUGAGAGGUCUCCUCGGAGGUCCAGCACUCCAAGGUCUGCAAGAGUCAGCCCUAGUCCAUCCCCAUCAGCUUCUCCAGCUCCUUCUCCGUAUGGAAGGGGUAGAGGCAAGUCAAAAGCCACAGGAAAAGUAGUUUCUGGAUGGCUUUGAGCUGAAUGUGGACCGUUAGCUGUUCUUCUAUUUUUAAAGAUUACAAAGAGAUUUUUUCUAGUCAUCUGAUGCAGGGGUUCUCAACUUAUGGUAACUUUUGUAUGAACGUUCCGUGGUAUAAAAGAUGGGAACUCCUGAUAAUGUGUUGCCUUAAACUCGACAUAUUAGUGAGAUAUGCUGUUGUAGCAAUAACUAGUUUUUAUUGAUAUAUUGUCUUCUAAAUUUGGAUUUUCUGGGCCACGUUUUCUUAAGAAUAAAUUAUAUGUAUAGACGGAAGGUAUUCUUCAUAAUUG